AUGGGCUGUCUCCCUUCCCGUCGUCCUACACUCGACACAGAGAAGAUGCUCAGUGAGGCAGUGAUGACCUACUGGACCAAUUUCGCCAAGACAGGAAACCCGAAUGAGCCCCGGAAUCAGACGUCACUACACGCCGAGCAGGUCACCAACAGAUUCAUUGACCUACUGUGGCCAAAGUAUGUCAAGGACAAGCAGGAUUACUUGCAUAUAGGCAGAAGACCCAGCAUCCGCCAUCAUUACCGAUCUCAAAAACUGGCCCUUUGGUUUGAUCUUAUUCCCAAAAUCGACAGAGAUGACGGCUCAGAAAGAUCGUCUCAUCUACUGGACAACUCAGACAACGCCUCAACCUUUGAUGACUACCAUCGUCUGAUCCCUAACUUUGACAACAUCUUCCCUUCCCCACCGCCAAUGCCUCCAGUGUGGCCAACCCCUUUGAGCAGCUCCAUUGAACGCUCUUCGACUACACACAGAUUUUAUCCACAUGUAACAGACGAAGACAUUGAACCAAUGGGGCAUAGCAGAGAUGGCAAUAUUCCAAAGGGUCAGCAUCAAAGCAGUCAACGUAGCGAAGAUGAUGGUGUUACAACUGAGCCUUCUGAAUCGAUUGGAAGAAGUAAAUCUGCCGCAGGUGUUCCUUUGAGCAUUGUGGUUGCUAUUGGAGGUUCUCUGCUACUGAUUAAUAUUAUCAUCUUUGCUGGGUUGUGUUAUCAAAGGGAAAGAAUAAAGAAAUUACGACAUAUCAACAAGCCUUUAUCUGCUGCUGAAUUAGACUUCGAUCAUGCAAGGUUUCGAAGAGUGGAGUCAAAUCAAAGUUCUCCAUGUCCAGUUAUUGACGAUGGCCUAGGCCAUGAGUGUGUAAGCCUAGUUUCUGGUGCCUCUGCCCAUCAGCACGUGUCGCCCAUGAAACCACCACACCAUGGAAAUACACACGUCCACAAUCCUAGUCCACAGAUCAGCAUGCACAGCCGAAGGGGUCAUUCUCAGCCUCGAGCUACGCCGCCCCUGGAGCCUGUAACGUGUAACUACAGCGCCUUGCCAACAAAUGUAACUUCCCCUGUGCAUAGAACACACAUAGGCGUAUCAAAGGUUGCAGUUCCGUUAACUCAGGGCACAGAUGUGAAUGUUAACAAUAAGAUUCAUGUGCCUACGGACGGUUCUCAUAAGGCAGCUGGCGAAACUAGCGGCAGCGUGGGCGGUGGCGGAGUGAUUGGCAGUGGGGGUGUAAGUACUUUUACCAGCGGAUUUCCUUAUACGGGAGGACGUAUCGGAAACACUGGAGCUAGCGGUACGACGCCAGCCUCUGCGAUAGUUGGAAGCAACGCCACAACAACUUCCGUAGCCACAUCUGCUGGUGUCACAAUCACUGCUGCUCCGAGCCUUGGCACCAGUGGUGAUCCAUUGUAUAAGACCAUCAAUAAAUCCGGCCAAAAUAAUGCUGCUACAACAGUCUAA